UUGGAUUUGCAAAUAUUGUUAGUAAAGAUAUGUAUCAGUUAUACGAUCUUGAACAUCAUCAUGGAUUUUUGAAGGAAUUUCCUAACAAUAUCUGCGAAUUUCCAACUAUUGUAAGAAUUGAUUUGUCAUGGAAUAGAAUCCAGUUUUUACCUGACCUUGAAUGUAUUCAGUCUCUCGAUAGUUUGAUACUGUCAGAUAACAAAAUUAAAAGAAUUGACGCUUCAUCUUUCGCUAGUUUGUCUAAUUUGAGGGAAAUUGACUUAUCGUAUAACAAAAUCGAGUAUUUAGAACCCGGAUGUUUCUCAUACCGACCAGGAAGUCUUCUGAAAAUACACGUACAAUACAAUAACAUAAAGAGUAUUGAUAUUAGAGAUUUAAUUUUGAAACACUACUUCAAUUUUAUAAAAGUAUUUAAUAACGAUAUAAGAACAAUUACAAAUUUGAAGAAUAAUACAGACUUCGUUAAUGAUUCAAUUGGAGGUGGACUGAUUGAGAUGAGGAAUAACUCUUUGACUCACUUUCCUAUGUAUAACGAUUUGGGAUUUUCAGCAGAUAGUGCAUUAAAAAUUGCUUUUAGAUACACAGUUGAUAUAAGAAAUAAUAAAUGGAUAUGCGAUUGUAAAAUGUGGGAUGGAUACUUGUUUAUGGCUUCUCAAGCUAUGGAUCAGUACUAUACAUUAGGUUUGCCAAAAUGUGUAAACCCCCCUCAUUUGAAGGGCUACAGUAUGGGAUAUUUUAGGAUAAAAACCCAUACUGCAGACCUAUUGAUUUGCAACAUAACAGAAAAAGAAAAAUGUCCUCAUAGAUGUAACUGUUUCGAUCAACCUUCCAAAAAUAGGGUUGUGGUGAAUUGCACAUCACAACUUUAUAUUAGGAUGCCCCAUGUAGUUCUUUACUUGUCUGGUCUAGACAUUGACCUUAGAAACAACAGAAUAACAUUUUUCAAAAAACACGAAUACCUCGUAAGAACAAUAAGAAUUGAUUUAUCCUUCAACUUCAUUGUAAAUAUAGAUUCUUCAAUAUACGGAAUACAAAAUAUGGUGUUUAUUGAUCUAAGAAACAAUCGUAUCGAAACGCUGCACAGAGAACUACUGUUAAAAGAUCCAUGUGCAAUAAGAUUUGGUAAAAUCACCACAACAUGUACGUGCAACAUGAUAUGGAUCAAGCUUUGGUUAGAAAGACAGCAAGCAAUUAACUGUUCAUACAACCAAAUAACAUGUGAAACACACAAAAGUUUCGUUAAUGCUGCUCUUAUUUCGAAAUCUGAUCUUUGCGAAGAUCUAAACAUACAACGAAACAUUAUGGGUUAUAUCUUGCUUGGAUUAACAAUCAUAAGCGUAGCAAUAGGGACAUUAAUGUGUUCUCAGUUCAAAUAUGAAAUAUUGAUAUUAUCAAGGAAACUAAGAUUUAAAAGAAAAAAUGAGAUGUUGUUCCACUACAGAAGUGGAAAUAAUGAACUGGUUGAAAUAGACGACAAAACUAUUUCGUACGACGCAUAUUUAUCCUUUGAUGACAACAAUGACAUUAUUCGCAAAUGGGUUGUGGAAGACUUGAUAAAACAUUUAGAGAGCAAAGGUUAUAAAGUGUGUUUACCAUGUCGCGAUUUCGAUGUAGGCGUCAUACGAGAAGAAGAAAUUCGAGUAGUAAUUUCAGAAUGCAAAUCUUUUAUUGUUCUAUUGUCGGAUGCAUAUUUGGAAGAUCAUUUUGGGAACCUGGAAUGGAAACUAAUUUGGAAUAAUUAUAGAGAGGACAGAUCCAAGCGAAUUGCCUUAAUAAACUACGAUAACAUGGAAAGUGGAUAUGUUAAGCAAAGAAACGUGAAGGCAUUUCUCCGAUUAGGCUAUGCCAUGGAUUUUUUUAACAGGAACCACCAACUUAUGCAAGAUAUAAUACACAAGUUGGGUGAACCAGUUGAAUUACAAAAGUAUUGAACAUCUAUAAAUAAUGAAUAUUGCUUCAUAGGUUACAUUUUUCACGAAUUCUUCAAAUAGCAUAAAAACAAAAAUAUGCAACAUAUGGAAUCAUCAGUGCUUAGGUAGUGCUGACAUGAUUGAUAAUAUACCGUCUUUUUCAGUUGUAACCUCUAACAUAUUGAUGAUAAAGAUGCUAAGAUUCAAACUCUAAGGAAAAGUUGCCCUACAAUUUAGAAGGAGGGGACCUUUUUUUUAGUCUUGUUUUUGGUAAUUCUGCUCCUGAAGUUUUCGAUUUCGAUUUUCGUUCCAGUUGAGCCACACAUGCUCCUUCGAGCAUCACGUUUUAUAUUGCAAUCAAAAUGUUUCAUCAUGAGACUUAUCAAUGUUGAAUACCUUUAUAAAGCACAAAAAUGUCAGUAUUCACCACAGAAACUAACAAAACCUUUAAAGUCAUAA